AGCGUUUUGUGCCUUGCCGCCACUGAAGCGACUGAAAGGUCGAUGUGGGUCACAUGUGGAACUUGGGACCCGCUAAUUGACUCUGGUCUCGAAAUCUUUACAAGUUGCAAUCGGGGAUUGCCAACUUUGCGUCCAGGGUGUCUCACGGGGGACAGCGAACCAGCUCCCAAACCCGCAUGCUACAUCUGAUGGACGUAGGGAUAGGGCGGCAGAGACCCGUCAGAUCCCUUAUACCGGACCCACUCCGGGCUCAGCAGCCAAUCAGUGGCUCUGCUCACCGCGGACCCGGCUCCGAGCUCCUGAACAUCGUUCAUGUUUGGGCUAGUCGUAGCGGAGGUCUAUCUCCAGAUAUUGCCACAUGGGUAUGGCGGUUAUUUGGGUUGUAUUGACGCUCUUCGCAACAACGGGCAGUUCGCUAUAAAACCCAGCAUUCAUGUCGUCCGAAAGGAACCAUGAGACGGUUCUUCCCCUUAGCUAUGACGAAGCCUUUCAUUCACCACCCAUGGAGCCUCACGAUUCUAGCAACUCGCUUUCUCUACGCCCCCUGUUGCCCCGGCCACCGUCAGAUGGCGCAGAGCCUCCACCCGGACCUGGUCUUGUAUUGCCGCAACCCAAGAGACGCGCCGUAUUAGCGGCUUGCAACCAGUGUAGAAAGAAGCGAUCCAAAUGCGGGGGUCAACGGCCAGCAUGCGACCGCUGUGCCAAGCUUAACAUCGACUGCGAGUACGAAACCACGGGCGAAGAAACUCACUCAGAUGCGCUCAAGCGCAGGUUCUCGGAGCUGCAGGAAAAGCACCACACAUACGAGGAGCUCAUCCAAAUUCUACGGACGCGGCCCAGCAGCGACGUGGGGCCCAUUCUGCAGCGGCUGCGCGCAGGCGAGGACGUCGGAGACAUUGUCAACAUCGUUAGGGAGGGUGACCUGUUACUCCAGCUAGACAAGGUACCAUGCAGACACGAGUUCCUCUUCGUGCCGAUCAUGCCUGAUUCUCUUCACUCGACCAAGAACUCGACAAUCCACGUAACGAAUUCUACUGUCCAAAGUGUGGUUGCGCGUCGCGAAUUUUCCAAGAGGAAUCGGGGCCAUCGAACGUUGUUGACGGCGUAGAUGGACGGACAUCAAUAACGACUUGUCGACAUUGCGGCUUACGACGAGCCAUUACGCCGGUUAUUGGACAGCAUUGCAACCCGAAUUCAUGAGCGACUAUGCGCUUACGAUGAUUC